UCAAAACAGUGGCGUUUUCACCCCCGCCCCCGAGUAACAAGGUCUUCGCGUCAAUCAAUUAAAUCGUUAGCCGUUAGGUCGUUCUCGUUACCAAAAUCAUGCCACCGCCGCCACCAGCACCAGAUCUUCCUGGGUUUUACUAUGACCCUGAGAAGAAUAGGUAUUUCCCCAUCAAAGGUCCCAUACCAGGCUCUUCUCAUUCUUCAUCUUCAUCUUCAAAGCAUGCUACUCACAAAGCAUCCCAAACAUCUUCAACUCAGGAAAAGAGUAGGAGUUGUUGCAGGAAGCUUAGAAGCAGAACCUCCAAGUUGAUUCAGGCUAGGGAGAUAGAUGGUCAUCGUGUCAUUGCUUCCCACAAUUACAAGUGUAACUUCACUGAGGAGUUUAGGAAAAUACAAGCAUCACAGCCUUCGGUAUGGAAGUAUAAGGGAACAGAUAAGAUUGGUAUUAGUGCUUUGAAACAAGUGCAUGUCCGUGUGCAGACAUUUGAGGGUGAAUGUGAUAGUGAUAUUAUAUUGACAGGCAGCACCAAUGGCUCAUUCAGUCUUUGUGAAGUUGGAAGGGAUGGGGGAUAUUUUGAUGGUGAGGUUAAGUGGACGCCCGAUUGUGUGAAGAAUUAUGCUAAAGGGAAAACUGAUGAGAAUAAUGUGGUGCCUGGUCCAGUUUCAAGACCUACUGGAGGGUCCGUGGUUAUGUCAUCUGGUAUAUCUUGCAUAAGAUCAGGCCCGGAGUGUUCUUCUCAUGCUGCAAAUGGCGGUCCUAUUGUUGGACAUGCAUUGUUUACAACUUUGGGUUCAGAGACAUCCGGUGGGUCAAUUUAUUCUCUUGGCCUUGUGGAAUCAUUAGAUCUUGGGUCAGGUAUACUGAACACAUGGAGCAGACUGGAUGAAGUUGCUUCUUUCAAGUGUACCAUUUGGACAGCAGAAUAUGAUUAUAGUAGACAUCGGGCUAUAAUUGGUACCAACAUGGGAGCUGCAUUGGUGGAUUUGGCAACUGGGAGGAGAUCAUGGUUUUUACGAUGUAAAAGUGAUAUCUUUGCACAGCAGAUUGUUAAUUCACUCAGUGGAGAUAUAGACCCUUCUCUUACCAUUAGAAUGCCUUCAUCUAUAUCCAGUUUGGUAUCACUUCAGUAUGAUGAUCAGUACUUCUUGGCAAGCUCCAUGGACGGAACGAAGUAG